ACGUCGAUCUCUCCAUUUUACUAUAGCCAUCUAGUUGAUGCUAGCUGUACUGAACUGGAUAUGUGUUACAGGUGCCAUCAUAAAGGGAACUCUUAACCAUUAAAGCAUGGACUAAUGAUUUGAUUUAAGUCAGCACUGUGCUUGAUAUAUAACAUUUCAAAUGAAGAUCGCUGGCUCGGUAAUAUUAGCCAGGUAACGCUAACAGCUAACAGUAGCUUAGUUAAUAUUAGCUUGCGCCGGUUGUCUGUAUUUUCCUUCUGAGCUGAACUUCAGUUAUCGGCUGCCAGUUCCAUUUAUUUGAACAAGAUGGAGAAGUUUGUAGUGAGGCUUCCGAAACGGGAAAUGCCUACACAGUCAAAAAACAAUGAAAAGGUUUACAAACAAACUACCAUUGAGUCUUUACGGAGGGUGGUUGUGAUUGAGGACAUCAUGCGCUAUAAGUCCAUGAUGGAGCUGCCAGAACAGAGCAAGGACAACCUGCUCACUGCCCUCACAGAGCUGAGCAAGAAGAUCCCCUCCAGGGAGGUUCUCAAGUCCACAAAAAUUGGUCACACUGUAAACAAGAUGCGAAAGCACCCGGACCCAGAGGUAAGUUCAAUGGCAGCAAAGGUUUACACUGAUUGGAGGACAUUCAUUGGAGAGAAUUCCAAUAAGCCAUCUAUUGAAGUGCGCUCCGACAAACAAUCUGAAGGACUCAGGAGCAAUGCCAGGAGACUAAUGUCGGAAGCCCUGGAAGUCAAGGAGGAUUCGGGUCUUAUUGACAACAUUGAGAGAGAGCUGUUUCACCAGAGCUCUCGACUGGUCAGCAGCUCAUACAGAAGGACUGUCAGAGCGCUGGUGUUUGCCUUCAAACAUAAACCUGAGGUUAGAACUCAAGUGAAGGACAAUGCGAUAUCAAUCAACCAGUUGGUUUCUAAAUAUAAGAAAUAAUUUUAGAUAAAUAACACAG